AUGCGUCAGCGGGCCGCGCGGAACUGGAGCACGGGCGGCUGGCUGCCGGCACUUUGCCUGGUCUGGCUGUGGACCCUCCUGGCCUCGGCUUCCUUGCAGCCUCCAGCUCCCACAGUCCCCGUGAAGCAGGGCACCUGCGAGGUGACGGCUUCUCACCGCUGCUGCAACCGGAACCGCAUCGAGGAGCGCUCCCAGACCGUCAAGUGCUCCUGCUCCUCCGGCCAGGUGGCUGGCACCACGCGGGCGAAGCCCUCCUGCGUGGACGCCUCCAUCGUCCUGCAGAGGUGGUGGUGCCAGAUGGAGCCCUGCCUGCCGGGGGAGGAGUGCAAGGUGCUGCCGGACCUGUCGGGCUGGAGCUGCAGCCGGGGACACAAGGUCAAAACCACCAAGGUGACACGAUAGUUCUGGGGGCCAUGGCCUUGGCAGAACAGCGUGACUGAGCCGUGGACUGAAGCAAGGUAUCCG